CUCCCCGGUGUUCUACCAUGUCUCUCUACCAUUGUGAGGGGUGGAGGCUGACGGCCGAUGCCUCUUCUGAGGAGAGGAGGAUGGAGAACAGGGGGAACUAGAGGCUCGCUGCUCGGUCAGAUCUCACAGAGCGUCUCGAUGACCACAAGCUACGAACUCGGUGGAGAUUGGGAGCAACGCGGGUGAAGAUGAGCCGGAGAGUGAUCGUCGGUCUGCUGCACCAGGCCUGAAUCCAUCGAGGAACCCCAUGGAGCAGGAUGUGGAGAGCCCAGCCAUCAUCAAACCCAAGCCCAAGUUGCCAAAGCAGGCCCGUGAGAACCUGCCUAAACAGCUGGCAGAAAUGGACAGAGAAAGGAAGGUCCAGCGCUACGUCCGGAAAGACGGGAAGUGCAACGUCCACCACGGGAAUGUUCAAGAGAGAUACAGGUAUCUAACGGACAUUUUCACCACGCUCGUAGACCUCAAAUGGGGGCUCAACCUCUUCAUCUUCGUGCUGGUGUACACAGUGACAUGGCUCUUCUUUGGCUUCAUGUGGUGGCUUAUUGCUUACCUCCGGGGUGAUCUGGACCAUAUAUCAGACAAUCAGUGGACUCCAUGUGUCAAUAACCUCAACGGGUUUGUAUCAGCUUUUCUCUUCUCCAUUGAGACGGAGACGACCAUCGGUUAUGGGUAUAGAGUCAUCACAGACAAAUGCCCUGAGGGGAUACUUCUGCUUUUAAUUCAGUCAGUGCUGGGAUCUAUCGUGAAUGCCUUCAUGGUGGGUUGCAUGUUUGUCAAGAUCUCGCAGCCCAAGAAGCGAGCUGAGACUCUAGUGUUUUCCACCAAUGCGGUAAUCUCAAUGAGAGACGGACGACUGUGCCUGAUGUUCAGAGUUGGAGACCUCCGAAACUCGCACAUCGUGGAGGCGUCAAUCAGGGCCAAGCUUAUCAAGUCUAAGCAGACCAAGGAAGGGGAGUUCAUCCCUUUGAACCAGACGGACAUGAAUGUGGGUUACAACACGGGGGACGACAGGCUCUUCCUGGUGUCACCGCUCAUCAUUUGCCAUGAGAUAAACCAGAACAGCCCCUUCUGGGACAUCUCACAAGCCCACCUGUCCAAGGAGGACCUGGAGAUAGUGGUGAUUCUGGAGGGGAUGGUAGAGGCCACAGGCAUGACGUGCCAGGCGAGGAGCUCGUACAUCAGCAGAGAGAUCAAGUGGGGCCACCGCUUCACACCAGUCCUGACAUUAGAGGACGGCUUCUACGAGGUGGACUACAACAGCUUCCACGACAUUUACGAAACCAACACACCCGCCUGCAGUGCCAGAGAGCUUGCUGACAUGACAAACCGCGCCCGCCUGCCCCUGACCUGGUCACUGGCCAGUAAGCUGAGUCAGCAGGGGCUGCAGGAGUCCGAGCAGGAGGGUCAGGAGACCAAGACCUGCACGGACAGCGAGGGUAAGGGUCAGCAGACUGAGCGGAACGGGGACGUUGCCAACGUAGAGAGCGAGUCCAAAGUGUAGCCGAUGUGACAGAGGAGGGAAAGACGGCAAGUUUAAGGUCCAUAUGAGAUUAUUGGACUGUAUUCUACGCCUCCCGUUUGGGAUGACCACACAAGCUUGCAGAGCACAGUGUUAAUCUGAGGACCAAUGAGCACAGUAGACCAAGUAUCCUGCACCAAGAUCCGCUUUAACGCAGUGAUUCGUUUACCCCAAAAACAACAAGUAAACAUCUUGACAUGUGGCCCACCGCUGAACUGAAACCCCUUCGCGGCAAGUGCAUGUUUCAAAUAUAAUGUGAUGUCCUCCUGAUGAGAUUCCUAUUAUUUUUUCUAUUAUAAUAUUCCUAGGGGCAUUUGUAUGAGUAUUUUUGUAUAUACUAUAAAAUGUUUUGAAUUCUUUGUUUUGUUGCGGUGUGAAUAUUUGACAAAUGUUUGAUACUAAUUCCUUUAGGAUGGUUCUGUAUAUAUUCUAUGCCUUACUGUAUGUAUAAAGCUUUCAUUAUUUGUUUUUUUUUCAAAUAUAUAUAUAUAAGCAUGUAUAAACAUUAUCUGCAGUUAAUUUAUAUUGUAUUGUAUAUAUACAGUAUGAGGAUAAUGUUGUAAGAAAAACUCACAUCUCAAUGGAUGCAAACUCUAGUUUAAACCAAUGACAAAUUCUUCCCAAAAUGAUAGGUGUUGUUUAAGGUAGUGCUACAUGACUACGAUACUAUUCCUCGAGAAGCCAUGACUCGCUGUUUACAGCCAUGUGACUUCACACAAUGGCCCUUUAAAACUGCAUUUAGUCACUUUUGCACAUCGGAGGCCUCUAGUGGAGAAUGUGUGUCACUAUUCCAGUCUCCAGAAAUCCCUCACGUCACCCAACGGUAUCAAACAUGAAUAAACAGUCAACUGCUUAUGAUGAUGAUGAAGGUUUUUUUCUUUGUACAUGAACCUUGUUAAUGUGAUUAUCACUGCUUUCAAAUGUGGCAUAUGGUUUUCAGUGGUGGAAAAAGCACUGAGAUGCUUUUCUAACCACACUUUAAAAUAUUUGAUUACAAGAAAAGGUACUUUAGUCAAACUCCUACUUUAGAAAAGUAGAGUGGUUUCAUUAGUAAUAUGAACUUAUCUGAAUUUUAUAAUGUAAAAACUACUAACUAUUGUUGCUAGACAAAUGUGAGCUGUUGACAAAUGGUAGUUAAAUACAGUAUAGAAAAUGGUCCAUAUUUACCAAAGAGGUUAUUAUUAUACAGUUAAUCAUAUUAUAGGAAAUAUACCUCUGUUACAUUUACCAAACAAAAAAGACACAGUAUAACUUAUUGUUUAUUGUAUGUAUAUACUGUAUUUCUACAGUUAACCUGCCACAGAGACUAAAGUCCUUUGUUUCAUUUCA